AGAUUGCAGAAUCAGCAUGUGCCUCUGAUAGUUGAAAAGCAGCUUUCCAUGUUAGCUGAUUUGGAGUGAGUCAGACAGGAGCAGUCUCUGCCAGCCCAAAACCCAGGAAAAAUAUUUCACAAUGGAUGUAGAUGACGAAGAAAACAUGAGUUCGAGCAGCACCGAUGUUAAAGAAAACCGCAAUGUGGACAACGUUCCCCCCAAGGAUGGCAGUGGGCAAAGCACCGGGGAGGGGACACAGCUCUCCAAUGGCGGUGGCAGCAGCAGCAGGAAGCGUCCUUUGGAGGAGGGCAACAAUGGCCACUCCAAAUUUCGCCCAAAGAAGAGGAAGAAAACGCCUGGCCCCGUUCUGCCAAAGAACGCCCUGAUGCAACUUAAUGAGAUUAAACCUGGAUUACAGUACAAACUCCUCUCUCAGACAGGGCCGGUCCACGCCCCCAUGUUCGUGAUGGCAGUUGAAGUCAACGGGCAGGUAUUCGAGGGGUCUGGCCCGACGAAAAAGAAAGCCAAGCUUCACGCUGCUGAGAAGGCUCUGCGAUCUUUCGUCCAGUUUCCAAAUGCCUCGGAAGCCCACCUGGCAAUGGGGAGGACUCUGUCAGUCAACACGGACUUCACCUCUGACCAGGCGGACUUCCCCGACACCCUUUUCAAUGGUUUCGAAACACCGGUCCCUUCUGAUGCUUCCUUCUACCUGGGGUCCAAUGGGGUUGGGUCCUUUAGCUCUAGCGGGGACUACAGUUUGCCAUCGUCUGCCAUAGCCAGCAGCCUUUCCCAGUCGCCUCUCCCCACGCCGUUGCCCUACCCCUCUGCCAGCGGGAAGAACCCCGUCAUGAUCCUCAACGAGCUGCGGCCAGGGCUGAAGUACGAGUUUCUCUCAGAGAGUGGGGAGAGCCACGCUAAAAACUUUGUCAUGGCUGUGGCAGUGGAUGGUCAGACUUUUGAAGGCUCGGGAAGGAACAAAAAGCUGGCAAAAGCUCGGGCUGCUCAGUCAGCCCUGGCGUCCUUGUUUAACAUGCAGCUGGACCAGACCCCAUCUCGACAGCCCAUUCCCAGCGAGGGGCUCCAGUUACACUUGCCACAGGUUUUAGCUGAUGCUGUUGCACGCUUGGUUGUAGAUAAAUUCAGUGAUUUGACAGAAAAUUUCACAUCUCCACAUGCACGUAGAAAAGUCCUUGCUGGAAUUGUCAUGACAACAGGUACGGAUGUGAAAGAUGCCCUGGUAAUAAGUGUUUCUACAGGAACAAAAUGCAUCAAUGGUGAAUACAUGAGUGAUCGUGGUCUUGCAUUAAAUGAUUGUCAUGCGGAAAUUGUAUCUCGUCGGUGCCUGCUUAAAUUCCUAUAUACACAACUUGAGCUUUAUCUAAGCAAUAAAGAAGAUCAACAAAAAUCCAUUUUUAUCAAAUCGGAGCGAGGCGGGUUUAAGCUGAAGGAGAAUGUGCAGUUUCAUCUCUAUAUCAGCACAUCUCCUUGUGGCGACGCUAGGAUUUUCUCACCACACGAAGCAGCACAAGAGGAUCAAGGGGACAGGCAUCCAAACCGCAAAGCCAGAGGACAGCUACGGACAAAAAUAGAAUCUGGGGAAGGGACCAUCCCCGUGCGCUCCACCACCACGAUCCAGACGUGGGACGGCGUGUUGCAAGGAGAAAGGCUGCUCACCAUGUCCUGCAGUGACAAGAUAGCGAGGUGGAACGUAUUGGGUAUUCAAGGAGCCUUACUUAGCCUCUUUGUGGAGCCAAUUUACUUCUCUAGCAUCAUCUUGGGGAGUUUAUAUCAUGGGGAUCAUCUAUCCAGAGCCGUAUACCAGAGGAUAGCAGAGAUAGAAGAUCUACCACCUCUUUAUACACUCAACAGACCUUUACUUAGUGGUAUCAGCAACGCAGAAGCCCGUCAACCAGGGAAAGCGCCGAACUUCAGUGUGAACUGGACAGUAGGAGACAUGGGUCUGGAAGUGAUUAAUGCUACAACGGGCAAGGAUGAAAUGGGUCGUGCAUCUCGCCUUUGUAAGCAUGCUUUUUACAGCCGCUGGAUGCGUAUUCAUGCAAAGCUUUCCUCCAGCUUGCGCUCAAAGAUCCUCAAGCCUAACGUGUACCACGAAACCAAGCAAGGAGCCACUGAGUAUCAAACUGCCAAAGAGUGUUUGUUUAAAGCAUUCCUGAAGGCAGGACUUGGAGCCUGGGUGGAGAAGCCCAUAGAACAGGAUCAGUUUUCUCUCACCAUCUAAUUCACAGACUACGCAUCACUUGGGAAAGGGGGUUGUUCUGGAAAUUCCUGGUGUCCAGCAUUGCUUUCUGGCAUCUCCACGGCUGUCAAAACAUCUUUUUACUGUUUGGAGUUGGGCUUUUUCCCCUCUGUUUUUUUUUGUUUUUUUUUUUAAACUUCAUAGUAACUGUUUCUGUUUUGCCUAAGUAUUGAAUCUCAAUGAUCUGACACAUAAUUGUAUAUUUUGUUAUGGGAAAGUAAUUUCUGGUGUAUUUCUAGAAAUACUUUUACUGUAGAAAACUUGCAGUAAGGCUGUCCUUACAGUAUACAAUGACUCAUUUUUUUCUGGGUUAAAAUAACUCCUUUUUUAUUUCAAUGUCAUCAAGUGCAUGAAGAAAUGAAAGUUUCUCUAGGUUUUCACCACACAAUUUUAGGAAGUAGCUUAAUAUUUUUAAAAGAAAAUAGGUGACAAAGCUGAUUCUACUCCUCUGUUGACUUGUUUUUGAACUGCAGAUAUUUCUAGCGUAUAGACCACAGAGCCAGAAUGGAGUCUGGACAGCUAGUUUUUCCCCACUUCCUUGCUCUUUAAAACCAGCUGCUGAAAAUUUCAUGUCUUUGAUGUAUGUAUUUAUUAGUCUGUGACCCAGUUUUUAACAUGCAGCUUUUUAUUCUGUUUUUAAAAAUACAUUUACCUCCCAUAUACACACAUUGUGAAGUCUUUGGGUUUUUUACCAUUGUAAACUGGAAACAGCAAAAUAAUUAUUUAUAGGUUAGUCUAUAACGUGCAGGAACCUUGUUUAGAAGUAGGUGAUUUGUAUAUCCCAAGAACUCAUCACAACACAAUUGUAACUGUAACAGUAAUAUGACUGUUCAAAAAAAAAUUGCUCAUUUUAAGGGCACUAAGCCUGAAUUGCUAAAAACAGUCACUUGCUGGGUAUUAACUGCUCUCCUCUUGAAGAAAUGAAAAGCUCUUGUACAGACAAAAAGUUGUUAAAACUUCUUUCCUGUGAGUUAUAUCUGCUCUCACCCAAGCUGUUGUGUCUCUGAGAUUUCAUUGCCUUUUGGCUUUACACGUGUGAUGGUCUUCAUGCAGCUAAUUAGGUAAGUUGCACUCAAAUGUGCUUUCAUGUGCUUUGACGAUUACUUAGAAAGGUGGUUUUCCUGAACGGGUAGACGCUUCUAUUUUAUGUAAAAAUGUAAGAUAGAAAGGAAAUAUUGUGAGAUCGGUUUGAUUAACUAAUGUGUAGAGGGCACUUUUAAAAACUCUUCUUAGUACAUAACGUUUAGGAGCAGAUGAGACAAUGUCCCGUAUUGCUUCACUGCUCACAUGGAAUGCAUCCAAACACAUCCCUCAGCUCUUGCCUAUCCAGGUAUCACUUGUGCUUUCCAAAGAACAUCUCAGAGAUCCUCUCUGUUCCCUUUGCAAACGAUGAAGGUGAUGUUUUGUGACAUGGAAGUUGUCCUGACAAAAUCGAAUCGGUGCACCGCUGCUCCAGCUUGUUGGUUCCUGUCCCUCAGCUCCACCACCCCUUGCCUGUGCUGUACAGAACAUCAGAUCAGAGGGCUGGUCCGUGCUUUGAAGUCAAGGGUUACUUUUAGACCCACGUUGGGUCAGAGAUCUAGUUUACAGUUGUGCUGUGGAGGCAGUGGAGCAGAGCGUGGAAGUCCCUUUAGCCAGCUUGAUGGCCAUAGCCUGUGUGUCAUGAAGCUGUGACUGGAGUUACCAUACCUCAGUGCCAGCAUCUUUGAGGGGGGUUAGCAAACAUUUAGGGUGUUUGAGACUUUGAUGUAAAACCAUUUCUGGCCAAUCAUGAAUGCCAAGGAGAAGUGCUGCUUCAUUAUUGCUCAAGCAGGAACCUGUUUUCAACUCCAAAAAAUGAUCAAGCCUGAAAAUCACUUGUGCAUUAGUUGCAAACCUCUGGGUUAGUGUCUUGGAAGUAAGGCAUUGAGGUACAAACAAUGCAUUUUUGGCAAUAUUAUGGAUAUAGCAAGUACUGCUGUGGGAAGGUGGGCAAUUCUGCAGCCGAGUUGAUCUCCCUGGAAAAGAGUGUGAUGCUUCCAGGUGUUACUGCCUCUUUGAGACACUGGGGGAACCAAUGUUGCAAGCUGCAAGAGACAGGCUGUGUUAAUUCAGCUUUGUUGGUGACUUAAGCCAUCCUGUCUGCUUCUUAUUAAAACCAAGAGUGCUCCCAUCACCUCUGCCAGCCCAACAGUGCUUUUGCAGUCGUCAUCUGGCUGAGGCUUAGGCUGACCUAUUCUAAAACUAAAAGGAAUUUAAUUGUACGUGGUCAGAUUUGGCAAACAGUCAGGCUUCUGCCUUUGAGAUCAACCUUGUCUUGUUCACGUUGCAGAAGUUCUGCUGUGGCUGCAGUUGAGUACGUGUGUACCUUUCUGCAGGAUCAAGGGAAAGCUGGUUGCACCAUGUGCAUUUUCUUGAGAUAAUUACUGCAGUUAGAUGAAAUGCACAUUUUUGAGGUGCUCAGUCAAUUGAUAAAUGAAGUCUGUUGAGAAUUUACAGCAAGUUAUUUUUAUCCAUCUUUCUGAAGUGCUCAUUCAAAAGUUGGUGUCUCUCUGGAUUUCUUUGACAAAUGGGUAAGUGUUAGCUCAAACUAUUUUUUUUAUGAAGUCAGAAAUAUAAGCAAUAUAUUUAAGUAUUAUUAUAGACAUAGUUUUUUAAGCUGUUCAAAUGAAUGAUUAAAAUUAAACUGUAAAGGAAAUAUGUUCCAUGCCAAAACCUUUUGAUGAAGGAAUGGUGUCAGGUUACUUAUGAGGAAUAAGUUUUCUUGUUUAUAAUUCUGGGAUUUUAAAAAGUAAGAAGUUUUCCAGGGUUGUAUGCAAUCCAUAUCUGUCCUCUGGGAGUCAAUAAAAUACUGCUUGGCUUCCU